UAACGACCGCUUUUUGCAUCCGAGUUGUCGCUUUUCGUCGUAAAAUGUGGAAACAAAAUGUGGCAGCGAUUGCCGGCCGUCAGACAGCGGUCGGCUAUUGUCUGUCUGAGGCUGGCCGCUGGCCGCGCGCCGCCCGUGAAUGGGACAAGUUCACAACCCGGCAACACUGGCCACGACCGAGACGGCAGCACGCGGAAACCCCACGCGCGAGCGGGAACGCGCUAUAGUUGCGGACGACGGACGGGCCGAAUUAUUACCGCUGCUAAGUUUUGUUUUGAGGCGCGUUUCAACGUUGCAGUUGCACGGCAGCCGGCGCACGAGUCGUCCGCUCAUAUCGAGAGCUCGCUGCGAGUACAGAAUGUGCGGAUCGCAUUUCGACACGCGCCGCUCACGAUCGCGUUCGCUGCGAUAACAUCUGCAAAAUUCGAUAUAUAGCUCAUGUCGACGCGAUAGUGGCACAUUUCGCGUGACGCGCCCGUAUCGGCUAUGUGAUCGAUCGAAAGUGAACGGAGUGGUCGUCCGCUAAUGUCUACCCCUGUCGACGAGAAAGGGAUAAAGGGUAUAAUCGUGGAAUGCUUCGGUCCGCAAAGUGUGUCAGUGGUCGCUGGUAACGGCGAAUCGCGAUGCCGCGGAGGAGCAGGUGGAUGCACCUGGUGGCCGGGGUCGUCGCCGGCGUCACCCUAGGUGUCUUCCUUAAACUGUGCUUAAAAACGUCCUCGAGGACUUCAAUCCAAGCGUGCCCUGAGGCGGGGAAACUGUACGUGGAUCCGGAUCCACUGAGUAUCAUAGGUCUAAGGCCCGAAGAGACGGUGGAGAAUUCCAACAGGACUCUAGUGUUCGUGGGUGUGAUGACGGCGGAGCAGUACCUGGAGUCGCGCGCCCGUGCGGUGUACGACACGUGGGCGCAGGACCUGCCAGGCCGAAUCGCGUUCUUCAGCUCAGAGGUGUCGCGCGCGCCGGGUCUGCCGCUAGUACCGCUGCGCUUCGUGGACGAUAGCUACCCGCCACAGAAGAAGUCAUUCCUGAUGCUCCUGUACAUGUACGAGAAGUACGGGGACAGGUUCGAGUGGUUCAUGCGCGCGGACGACGACGUAUACGUGCGCGGUGACAAGCUGGGAGAGUUUCUGCGCUCGGUGGACAGCCGCAAGCCUCAGUUCAUCGGGCAGGCGGGGCGAGGCACGGCAGCUGAGCGCGACGCGCUGGCGCUCGAGUACAACGAGAACUUCUGCAUGGGCGGGCCCGGGGUGCUCAUCUCGCGUGAGACGCUGCGACGCGUCGCGCCACACGUCAAGUACUGUCUCAAACACCUCUACACGACGCACGAGGACGUCGAGCUCGGCCGCUGCGUCGCCAAGUUCGCCGGUGUCUCCUGCACCUGGAGCUAUGAUAUGCAGACAAUCUUGCAUCACAACGGAAGCGGCUCGGCGGCGUACACCAGCACUCUCAAACGGCGUGAGGUACACCGCGCCAUCACGCUGCAUCCAGUGAAAGAUCACCGUCAGAUGUACAGACUGCAUACAUACUUCAAGAACCUUCGUAUCCAGGAGUUGAAAGAGCGUUCGUUAGACCUGCACCGGGACAUCGCGGCCUCCGUGCAGGAGUUAGGCGUGGACGUCGACAAAGUAGAGGACUACGUGCUGCCGGGCGGGGAGCCACUCUUCCCGCACAAGAUGGGGGAGGACGGAUAUUUAGGGAACAACAGGAUAUUAGGAGCGCCGAUCAACAUGAACAGGUAUAAGGCGGAUGACGUGGAGGACAUCGUGCACUUCGACUUCAUCAGCAAGUCCAUCUACAGCAUCAGCCACUCCAACCCCAAGCGCAGGAUCGAGAGCCCGCUCAAGGAGGCGCUCGAUGACGUCAUCAGAGAGGUGAUGGAGAUAAUAAACGCGCCGUCCCGUCAGCGCGGGCGCGUUAUAGACUUCAAUGAGCUGCUGUACGGGUACACGCGGCUGCAGCCGCUGCACGGCGCCGACCACGCGCUCGACCUCCUGCUCAAGUACCGGCGCUAUCGCGGCCGCAAGAUGACCGCCGCCGUGCGCCGCCACGCGUAUCUGCAGCAGUCCUUCACCGGUACGGAAAUCAGAGAGCUACCGAUCGGCGAGCCUCCUCCCCCCGAGGAGCCGGCCAUCCUGGAGCAGGUGGAGGGCGUGGAGUACGAGGACUUCGACGAGCCGAGCCAGCAGCAGGGCUUCCUGGAGCGACUGGACGUGCGCGGCGCGCUGGAGAGCGGCCUCAUGCGCAUACACAGCAACCUGCCCAAGGUGCUCCAGUGGGGCGACAACCGGCUCGAGUACCCGCUCUACGACAGAUGUAUCCACUUCAUCAUGCCGCUCUCCGGGCGACAGGAAACCUUCGGCAGGUUCAUGAAGAACUACGAGGACAUCGUCCUGAAAUCGGACCAGGCGGUGUCUUUGAUAAUAGUGCUGUACUUAGACAGUAAGAACCCUUCGGAUUACGUGAACGCGCAGACUCUAGUCGAGUAUUACACGGAUAGGUACAGAAAAGAUAUUAAGAUAAUACAAAUGGGUUCGACCACUUUCUCGAGAGGGGCGGCUCUGACGGAGGGGCUGAAGGUGUGUCAGGACGACGACCUGAUCUUCUUCAUCGACGUCGAUAUGAUGUUCAACCAUUUAUCACUGAGAAGAAUCAGAAUCAAUACGAUAAAGUACACACAAGUCUACUUCCCCAUUGUGUUCAGCGAGUUCAACCCUGACGUGGUGAACGGUGAAGAUUAUAACAAAUUUAAAGACGAAAUAUUGAUCGCGGACGAUGAUAUUGGGAAGUUCGUCGAAGAAGAGGAGGAGACGCCGAAGACUGAACGAGAACUUGCAGACUUGAAAUACAGCACAGAGAUAAACGAUGACAAUGGAUACUUCAGACAGUACGGUUUCGGUAUCUUAGGGUUGUACAAGUGUGAUUUCAUGCGAGUCGGGGGUUUCGACUUGAACAUUAAGGGCUGGGGUAUGGAGGACGUGCAGUUGUUUGAAACAUUAAUCAAAUCAAAUCUAACAGUGUAUAGGACGGCCGACGAUAGUUUAGUGCACAAGUUUCAUUCUGUGGACUGUGAUAAGAAUUUGGAAAAGAGUCAGUUCCUAAUGUGUCUGGGUACGAAGGCGUCUACUUACGGCAGUGACAAACAUAUGGCGUAUUACAUGCUGAAUCAUCAGGAGGUGUUGUGGCCUCAGGAGCAACAGGACAACGAACAAGACAAAACGAAUGCAGAGGACGUCGAUAAAAAAGAAAUAAAAGAAAAAGGUGCGAGCUAAUACAGGGUAACACCGGGUCACUUUUAAAAUUUGAGUUAAAAAGUGAGGUUAUGUCUCCUUUUUGUUGUUUCACAGACUAUUAAAGAGCAGAUAAUAGAUAGUAAAAUAUUUUUUUUUUAAAUCGGUCAUGAACAAAUAUUUAAUUUAGGCUGUAUGUUUUAUUUAUAUUAUUUAAGCGCUUGGUUUUAAAUACUUCGAUUGAUAAUUUGCCACAAUGACAUUGUUUGCAAGAAAUAGAUUGUAUGGAUUAAAAAUUAUUGUAGGUUGUUUUAAUUUGAGUUGGACUUACGAGAGGAAUUUCUAUUAAUCGAAGUAUUUGUAGCAUUUUUAUUUAUAGGCGUAGAUAUUUAGUUACCUUCCAAUGACAUCUAUAUGUAAAUUAGAUUUAUAAUGUGUUUGUGUAACUUCGCUUUGCGCUGUACAGUUUUGUUUGCAUAAUUUUUAAUUUAUUGUCAUAAUUAGAUGAAAGUGAGAUGUUGUCGAAAAAACCAUAUUUUUUAGAUGCAUUUAAAACUUAGAUAGUAUAGAAUUAUAGAUUUAAAAAUCAAUUAAAUGUUCCUAAGAAUCAAACUAUUAAAAAGUAAAAAUAAUUCAGGGAAUAAAAUAAGUUUUUAAUACACUUUUUUUUACGUCGUUUAAGGUUAUAUAAAACUCUACAAAACUUUUUAGACAUACUUAGAGUUAUUGCAAGUUUUUGUGCCAAACAAAAUAAAGGUUGAAAUGUAAACAUUUCUAUAUGCAAUUAAAAUAUUUCAAUAGUCUAUAUUCAGUUGUACAUUUUUAUAAAAUUUGUUAGGCAAUGACUAGAAUCGAAAAUGUAAUAGUAAAUUAUUGGUAUAGUAAAAAUAAUUGGGUUACUUACAGCGUUCCAAAUAUACAAAAUCUUAUUAAAAACAGUUUCUUAUUAAAUUUACAUAAUAGUUAUAAUACUUCGACGUAAAAAUCCUGUAAAAUUUAAUUAUUUUAAAACCAAAUUUUAAUCUAUGACUUUUUCCCGCCUUCCUAGCUCUGAUGUAUCUAUUCUCAUUGCAUACUCUUUGUUCCUUAAAUUUUUUUUUUCACAAAUUUUUCCAAAAUCGAAGCAAUUUUAUCUAUAAAAAAUCUUUUACUUUUUCUUUUUUCGUUAUAAAUCAUAUUGUUUUAAAUAGAUCGACGAAAAUACUCAAACCCUAAAAGGUUGUGAAAAUAAUUCGUAUAAAAUCUAUAGUUUUACAUUAU